GCUGUGCCACCGUGAAACAGAGGAUCAGCGGGUAGGAAGGCAAUGGUGUUUCCAGCUAUUGGAUUAUUUGUUUUGCUGGAACUGAUCUUGCAGCAAGCCCUGUAAAUGCAGCCUGUGGGGUACUUGAGAUUGCCUGCUGUGUGACUCAGGGUCACUCUGAAGACUGGCUGGGGUGAGGCAUGUGAGCAAGGAGAUUACAGCUGCAGAUUUCCUGCUGACCCAACUGUAUUCUUGGUCUCUCCUUAAACUGAAUUCUGUGUCUGGACACUUGAACAAAGGAAUAUAAAACUGGAAGGGAGCUCCUGGGUCACUGAGUCUCGUCUCCUGCUAUAGAAGCCAAUCCCUUCAUGUUAUCCCCUUCGUAAACUGACCAAGCUGCAUCUUAAAACUAGUUAGUUUUGACAUUGCACAUGUCUCCAGUUGUUAUUUACUAAGCAUGACUCUGUGCUUGGUGCUGUACAAGAUGUGGAAGUAAAGAGUGUCCCAGCCUCAGUCUGAGUUCUUGUAUGCAUUGAGAAUUUGCCCCUGUUCGAGCAGUCACUGGCCAGCCAUUGAUGUAGCAGCAUCUGAGCCCAGAGAAGGAAAGCCAGAAUUUGCACCAGCUAAGCCCAGCUUAAACAGAGGGCAAGCUUAGGGUGAGCUCAGCUGCUGCAAAUCAGAGCUUUCCUAGUUUCUUCUCGGGGUUUGCACCACAGCUGGAAUCAGGGCCCAUUCCCAAUGUAACAAGGCCUGAGAUGCAGAGUAAACAGGACAUGCUGGGCAACCUGGGGACAGAGCUGCUUUGAGAUGUGUUUAAAUUGCCAUAAUGAACUUACUUCUUGUUGGCAUCACAGAAGUGAAUAAUUAUAGUUUAUCUGUAUUACGGUAGCACCCAUAGGCACCAGUGAAGGGUCAGGGCCCCCAUGUGCUCAUUGCUGUACAGCCACAUUACAACAUAGUCUCUUCCCCUACAGCUUACUGUGUAAUUUUCAGAUCAAAUAUGCAAGUUAGUUUAACCAACAGAGGGAGGAAGAACAAAGGUCAUAUCGAGAAGAUUGCCUGGCGACACAGUCCAGCGAGGGCACAAUUUGAGUCCGAUUCAGCUGAACGUUAGGGAUUUUUUAUAUAUAACAAAACUCGUCUGCCGAUAAUACAAGUCCAGUGGAGUUGAGGAAGGGCAGGCAAUAUAACCCGGCUGAAUACACGUGGAUUUGUGAGCACAGAGAGAAAUCAGCUGUCUUACCGUCAGCUUCUCAACCUGGACUAUAGUAGUCCUACUGCCUCCCUAUAACAACAUGGAAUAGGAUGGAUUUGAAUGGUGGGGUGCCCUGAUGACCUGACAGAGGAGGUUGUUCCAUGCAUAAGGCGCAACGUGGAAGCAGUCCCGGAGAAGGAUGUGAACGCCGGCUGCAGUAACGGGCUUUUCUUCCGGUUGUUUUACCCCUGCCUUCCCCAGGAGGGGGCAGAGCAGCCUCUCUGGAUCCCGCGCCGUGAGUACUGCCAAGGGCUGGCCGACUACAUCAACUGGAACAGGAAGUGGUGCACCCCUCUGCUCAGUGUGACUUUUGGGUCCUACAGAGUUCCAGUGAGCUGGAACGGGCCUUUUAAGUCAUGUGGCAGCAGGUACCCGCUGAUCAUAUUCUCCCAUGGCCUGGGAGCCUUUCGAACCGUUUACUCGGCUGUCUGUGCAGAAAUGGCCUCCCGUGGCUUUCUGGUGAUGGUGCUGGAGCACAGAGACCAUUCUGCCUGUACAACUUACUUUUGCAAGGCAGAGGCUGGGGGGUCCGAUUCCCUGGAGGCUGCGCUGCAGGAGGAAUGGAUCCCGUUUCGAAGGAUCCAAGAAGGGCAGAAGGAAUUUCAUUUUCGAAACCCACAGGUUCAUCAAAGAGCAAACGAGUGUGUGCGAGGGCUCAGGCUGGUGAAGGACAUCAACAGCGGCAAAGCUGUCACCAAUGUCUUGCACAAAGGGUUUGAUCUGUCUGCACUGAAGGAGAGUGUGGAUUUGACUAAAGUCGCUGUAAUGGGCCACUCUUUCGGAGGAGCGACAGCAAUUCUAGCCCUUGCUAAAGAAGCCCAUUUUAAAUGCGCCGUUGCUCUUGAUGCCUGGAUGUUCCCUUUGAAAAAUGAUCUCUACCCCAAGGUGACCAAGCCGGUGCUUUUUAUCAACACAGAGAAAUUCCAGACUCCAGAAAGUGUCGCCAAAAUGAAGAGACUCCGCUCCAGAAACAGGCAGACCAAGAUCAUAACCAUCCUGGGAUCUGUGCAUCAGAGUCAGACUGACUUCACUUUUCUGGCUGGGAAUCUCCUGAACAGAGUGUUCCAGACCAGAGGAACCCUGGACCCAUACACAGGCUUGGACAUCACCAACAGGGCGGCGCUUGCUUUCCUGCAGAAACAUCUUGAGCUGGAGGAAGAUUUUGAUCAGUGGAAUAAUCUCCUGGAAGGCAUUGGUGACUCAGUGAUUCCAGAGGCGCCUCUCUGCAUCUCCAGCCUUUAGAGACACUGUCUGCUGGUCCGUCCGCAUGGAUGUUAGGCAUCCUACAUACCAGGAAGAUAGUAGUUUCCCCUUAAAUGAGCAACUCCAAUAACUGCAAAAGACACGUGUAAAUCAUGCAGCUGCUGAUGGAAUCCAGAGACAUGGAGCCCUCACUAGUCCAGAAUUCAUGCUGGAACUGGAAGACUAGAGGCCCUGACUGGUCAAGGGUUGACCAUGGAACCCAGAGAGUGGGCCCUCCUCUGGUCUAGAACUCACCACGGAGAACGGACUGGGGCGCCUGGCUGCUCUAGAACUGAUUUUGGAACCAGAAAACUGAUGCCUUAUUGGACAGAAGCAGAUGUGGGGUGUGGCUUAGUGGCCCCAUUUUAACAGGUCCCAAACCUUUCUCUCUGCCCCUUCAAAUCCCUCCUCUAAAUACAUUUUUUCCCAGAAGUCCUUCACACAUGAGACCUGCCUUGGUCCCCUCUGACUCCUGCCAGCACCCCAUGCACUUUGUUGUCUACACCUGAACUACAUUGCCCUGGUUUCAGACAAUGGAGGGAAAAUCUCUCCCCUUGUGUUAAACUCUCAGAAGCCCCUCCUGUGAAUUACCUGAGGUACUUAUGCUGCUGUACUAAUUAUGUCAGUCAAAAUGGUAUUGUCUGUAAAAUGGUGCAUAUAUUGGAAACUGUAUUUUCUUCUCUCUUAAAUGUGCAUUAAAUGAAGAUGGAGAAUAUUGUUCCUAACGCA